UUUGUAAAAUGCGACUGAUCUGACUGAAGUCCACGGAGGCUGUUUGUGUGUACAGCAUGAUGACCGUCACUCAGCUGAAUGUUUACUCUUUCUCAACUUCUUCGCUUUUUGGCUGACUGCCCUCAACAAUUAUUAACUGGUCCUGAUCUGAACUGUAACCCUUUUGGCUUCAUUAUUUCAUUCCUGACGAAAUGUGCGUGAGAUAUCUUGGUUUUUUUCUCCUGGUUUGGAAUCCACAAGUGCUGCAUGCACAAAGUGCAGCUCAGCCUUGUUCUGCUCCCAGUCUGGAUGGCGGGUUUUUUUCCACUGGACAAUCAGCUUAUAAUCAUGAAGCCACGCUCAGUUAUGCCUGUCAUGACGGACUCAAACCAGCAGUGAAGGGCCGGUCGGGGACCAGCAGGUGUCAAAAUGGCAAUUGGUCUCCUAAACCCCAAUGUAUAGAUGAAAAAGCCUGUGUGCCACUGACUAUCCCAAAUGGAAACUAUGAUGCAAGCACAGAUGGUUGGUAUGGAGAGAGAGACAGAAUCUGGGUAAGAUGUGACGACGGAUAUGAACCCAAAGACCGUGGCACCACAGCGCAGUGUAUGAACGGAGCAUGGUCCUCUGUACCAAUCUGUGAAAAGAGUACCGAAUCAUGUGGUGAUCCCCCUAAAAUCCCCCAUGCAGUCAUCAUUGUUAAGGGAUGCCAGGAGGUGUUUGCUGUAAACUCACAACUGCAAUAUCAAUGUGAAGAUGGAUAUACUGCAGAGGGAGAAGACAACAAAACAAUCAUUUGCAUCUCAGGAAACUGGGCUGAAGGCCCAACGUGCAAUGCCAACUGUGGAGACUACCCAAGUGUCCCAAACGGAGAUGUUGUUGUGCAAGUGAACGGAACAUCUUUGAAAUACCAAUGUAACGAAUUGUACACACUAGAGGGUCCAGAAAGUGUGACGUGUCAAAGCAAUGGCAAGUGGACAGAACCACCAUCCUGCAAAGCGGCUUUCUGUGUCAUAGAUCCUGAUCUAACAACUAUGCGCGAUAUUAAACUAUCUGCAGUUGAAUACAUAAAGGAAAGACAGCGGAAGUAUAUUCCGUGUAUUUGGAUUGAUAGGACCCGCCUUGUUCAAUGCAUUUAUGGAAGAACGUAUUCUUCCGUCUGUUGUACGAGCUUUGAUCAUCAUUAUAAUGGAUGCAAAUCAGAGGGCCGGAUUGAAAACAGAAGCACAGUUUGAAGCAUUUGACAUAUCUCCACCAGAGAAGAGAAACACCCCAACAAAAAAAAUAUUUGUAAAUUAUUUUCUUUUAAAUCAGCUGUUUUUGUUGUUGUUUUGAUCGAACCUAUUUACACAAUGUUGAAGCAAAUUGUUCUUUAAGAGUAUUUUUAUGUUUCGAACUCUUGAUGCACUAAUGUCUAUAAACACUUUGAUUACAAAUAAAAGUGAAAUGGUCUACAGUAGACUGAAUAAACGGUAAUUGUUCUUAAA